AGAUGCUCACGAGAAGUAUAAAAGGGUAUAUGUAACGUAUAAUCUUCAAGCAUAAGCUGUGAGUGCAUUAGCAAAUACAAAAAGGUUAUAUAUAUCCAUGGAGAGUGAAAAGAGUGAGUGCAUCAGCAAUUUCUCCUCCAACAAGAAAGGAGGAAGGUGGUCGCUUGCCGGAGCCACCGUUUUAGUCACCGGAGGCUCAAGUGGCAUCGGGCACGCGAUAGUUGAAGAGUUGGUUGCUUUUGGGGCAACUGUGCAUACAUGUUCAAGUAAUGAAGAAAAGCUUAAUAAGUGUUUGCGAAGGUGGGAGAGCUUGAAACUCCCAAUCACAGGAUCAGUUUGUGAUGUAAGUUCUCGACAAGAACGAGAGAAACUGAUGGAAAAGGUUUCUUCCUUGUUCAACGGAAAGCUUGACAUACUUAUUAAUAACGCAGGUAGGGCCCUCUUCAAGUCAUCCGUGGAUGUGACCACAGAAGAUUACUCAUUAAUAAUGGCAACAAACUUAGAGGCUUGUUUCCAUUUAAGCCAAUUAGCUCAUCCACUCCUCAAAGCCUCAGGUGCAGGCAAUAUCGUUUUUAACGCAUCAAUUGCAGGAACUAUAGCCCUUGCUAAUUUGUCACUGUAUUCAGCAACUAAAGGAGCAUUAGUUCAGCUUACCAAGAGCUUGGCGUGCGAAUGGGCAAAAGAUAAUAUCCGAACAAAUUGUAUUGGACCGGGAGUCAUUGAUACGCCACUAGUAGAAAGGUAUGAAGAAUUCAAGUCAAGGGAAGCAUCAAGAACUCCUCUUGGACGCAAUGGAGAGCCUGAGGAAGUGGCGGCUCUAGCGGCAUUUCUAUGUAUGCCUGCUGCUUCUUACAUCAGUGGCCAAAUCAUAUUUGUUGAUGGAGCCAGGACUGUUAACGGCUGAACAAAAUUAAUAUCAAUUUCUAUUAAUUGUGCAACUAUGUCAUUCAAUUUUUUUUUCUGUGAAAUUAAAUGAGCCACGAUGGCCAUUCGAGAAAAUUAUAUCCUUUAUAUAUGCAAUGUGUAUUUUCUUUCAUUUGAAGUAGAUUGUGUUUGUACUUGGUAUUUGGCAAAAGAUAGUGAUCAACCUCGUGUAUGUUGCUUCA